AUGUUAGGUAUAUUGCGUCGGUUCCACGAUAAAUGCGUCUCGCUCGAGUCGGCGGGCGAUUCCCCACGAUGCGGCGCGGCGUUGUGGAGGCCCGCUUGCCGCGAGGGCGCCGUUGCCGCUUUGCGCCAGCUGCGAGAGAAAGACCGAGCGCCUACCCUAUUAUUUACGCGCGACGUUGCCGCACCGAGCAGCCUACGU